UUGAAGAGAGCGUCUAUAAGGAGACAUGGGUACAAAAUAGAAGGCAAACGAAAGAGCGCAUCAAGAAUGGCAUCCAGAGACAAGAAACCAGCUAAAUCAUCCAACACUCGAGGUAUCCGCACUCUCUCCGAUCUCAACCGACGCACCGGUCCCGAUUCCGACAGCGACGAUGAUGCUCCUCAAGAGUACUACACUGGCGGCGAGAAAAGUGGUAUGCUUGUUCAAGAUCCUCAAAAAGGUAAUGGAAAUGAUGUAGAUGCCAUCUUUAAUCAAGCCAGGCAACUGGGAGCUGUUGAAGGUCCCCUUGAUCAGUUGGGUCCAUCUUCAAGCUCAAGAAGCUUUAGUGGAACUGGUAGAUUACUCUCAGGAGAAACUUUACCAUCUGCUCCUCAGCAACCGGAGUCUGUUGUUCACAAUAUUGUUUUCUGGGCUAAUGGUUUCACUGUGAAUGAUGGGCCUUUGAGGAGAUUAGAUGAUCCUGAAAAUGCACCUUUCUUAGAGAGCAUCAGAAAGUCUGAAUGCCCAAAGGAGCUUGAGCCUGCAGAUAGAAGGUCCUCAAUUCAUGUCAAUUUAAUAAGAAGGGAUGAAAAGUGUCCUGAACCGGAGAAGCAGAAACAUGUUGCAUUUCAAGGUGUGGGGAGAACACUAGGUAGCAGUAGUACUCCUGCAGAAACUGAAGGCUUAGUCGAUUCAACUCCUCUUAGCACCGCUCCAACUCCUUCCGCUGGCCUAGUUGUGGAUGAUACAUUGCCUUCGACUUCGAUCCAGCUAAGGUUGGCAGAUGGAAGCCGCCUGAUUGGCCAUUUUAACUACCACCAUACAGUAAACGACAUUCGAACUUUCAUAAAUGUAUCAAGAGCUGGUGGUGCUCAGAAUUAUCAGCUGCAGCUGAUGGGAUUUCCGCCAAAGGUUCUAAAUGACCCAACUCAAACAGUAGAGCAAGCUGGGCUGGCCAAUUCAGUUGUUAUUCAGAAAUUCUAGCUAAGCCGGAUUAUGAUUGUGAACUUGUUUUGUCAGUCAUUAAUAUGCUGCUUAUCGUAUGUGGUCAAGCAAUUCUAAGAACAUAUUGGACCUCCAUCUCCAUUUCCUAUAAGAUUGAGAUGACUUUGAUGGGUGGUUAUAUGAUUAUUGGAAUUCGAUUUUAAGGUCUAAAUUGCUUCUGUACAUUGUGUUAGUUUGUAAUUAUGUUGCUUUAUGCACUUGUCUUAUUUUUGCCAUGA